AAAUGUCAAUGGUUCGUUUCGUCUGUUUAAAAGGUUUAUAAAUCAAGAUUUUAAACUAUGAGCGUUCCCAAAAGUGAGACAAAGUUUAACCGAUCGAAGGAUCAAUCUACCUUGAAAGAUGUGUUUCAAAAACUUGUUCAAGAAAGUGAAGCCCACACUAGUACCGAUCAUUUCAAAUCAUUUGCAUGCAACGAUUGUGGAAAAGCAUUUCGCUUGGAGUCCUCAUACAACCUUCAUAUGGGUGCUGCCCACAAACAAAAGAAGUCCAAACAAGGGAAGCGGAUCCAACAGCAGCACUUCAAUGAGCGUAUUGAAUUACCACCCACCGGGGUAUGUACGAUCAUUCCCGUUGUGAAACAAGAAAAUCAUAUGUGGGACCAUGAAACGUUCGAGAUCAAAACUGAGAUAACAGAUGAGCCUGAACCAAAUGGUAUAGUGGAAAUUGGUGGGAAUGAAAAGAAUAAACCAUCAGCACCGAUAGAACAUUUCAUGCAUAGUCUAGGAGAGAGAAGACUUCAAUUAAAAAUUAAGAAAUUGAAAUUGCCCAAAUCUAACUCAUAUUCAUAUUUUGUGGAUUAUCACAGUAACACAAUCGACAAUUUUGCGUUAAUUCCCGCUGAGAAUCAAACGGAUUAUAUAUGCGACCAAAGUAUGGUCAAGAUCAAAACUGAGAUCUCGGAAGAAUCUGAACAAUUCGGUAUGGACGAAGUUGCUGGAAACAACAUGAACGAGCCAUCAGAACCAAAUGCACAUUCCAUGCAAAGUCUAGAAGAGAGCGAACUUCAAUCAGAAGUAGAGAAAUUUGAAUUGCCUGAAUCCAACUCUCGCUCAUCUUUUCUGGAAUGUAACAAUGAAAUAUUUGAUGCGAUCCCGACCGACGGGUGUUAUAUUAAAAGUGAAUUCGAGUGUACAGAUGCUCAGCUGCAGGGAAACGAAACAAUCUGCUUAAAAACGAACCAAAAGAAAGCUAGUAUGUCGCGAAAUACAAAUCGCAAGGGAAAAAGGAUGCAGUGGACAGUUGAAAAACUGGCAUUGGCAAUGGAAGCUGUUCACAAUGGAAUGCAAAGGACCACGGCAGCAAAAUUAUACGGCGUUCCAAAGUGCAGUCUAUCUCGGUAUCUGAAAACGACCGAAAAUCCAAAGGAAGUCAAAUUGGCGCCAAGGGGAAGAUUUUCUCUAUCUCUACAACAGGAAGAGCAGUUGGUGAUGUAUGCCAAAGAAAUUGCUGAAUGCUUUCAUGGAUUGAGUGCUUUGGAGAUGCGCAGCCUGGCAUUUCAGAUGGCUGAGAAAAGUAGAGUUCUGAAUUCAUUCAACAGGCAACUUAAGCUGGCUGGCUGGGAUUGGCUGCAAAGUUUCCUUCAACGUCAUCGAACUGUUUCCCUUCGAAAACAGGACAGCAAACGGAUCAAACGGGGGAAAACGUUGAACCGAGAAAGUGUUGUUCAGUUCUUCAACCGAUUGGAACUGAUUUACUCUGAACAUGCUUACCCACCCAGUAGAAUUUGGAAUGUUGACGACACUGGUGUCCGUACGGUGAAAAAGCUGAAAAAAAGAAUGGCAGCAAAGGACGUUCGAAGGCAUGCUAGCAAAUUGAUAUCGUCAGAAGUGGGUGUUACCACAACUGUAAUGAUGGCUAUGUCAGCAUCCGGUCAAUUUCUACCCCCAUUCUUCAUUUUCCCCUGCGAACAAAUGGACGAUGAGCUAAAAUUGGGUGCUCCUUCAGGAUCGGCAUUUACAUGUAACAUAAGUGGUUGGAUUACGUUAGACACAUUUUCGCUUUGGUUCGAUCAUUUUUUGUUGCACGCAAAUCCGACCGCUGAUAAUCCAGUACUUCUCGUUCUUGAUGGCUGCAUGGAUUACACCAAAAACCUGGAAGUUUGGGAGAAAGCUAAAGCAAAUCAUGUCCGUAUGAUAUCCAUUCCUCCUGACUCCUCCCAAAAGACACAACCUCUUCUCGUCUCCUUCAUGUGGCCUUUCGCAAAGUACUAUUCAAAAACGUUCAGCGAAUUAAUGGAACGGAGCAAAUCAAUAACUGUUUAUGACGUUGCUGCGAUGGUUAGUGAAGCGUUCACCGCGGCUGGAACGCUCGCCAUCGCCCAAAACGGGUUUCGUAAAACAGGCAUACACCCAUUUGACCGACAAGUGUUUAAAAAUAGCGAUUUUGCACCUUCAGCCGUUCUAAAACGUUCAUCGAAAGAUAAUAACGUUUCGUAUUCUUCCGAUAAUGAUGAUGCUAUGAGUUGUGCUGCAACUUCAGAUACUUCAGAAUAAGUUGGCAUCAGCUUGGAUACAGGUAACAACACUAAGCGACAAAAUCGUUGAUUUUGAUGCUACGAAGGUGUACAGACAAUGUUUGUGAUGAAUCGAUCAUAAUAUUAGUCACUUUUAUCUAUAUAAAUAAAAAUGGAAGGCCAUAUGUAUUGUGGUAAGCGGAUAACCCGAGAAAGGGAUGGUCCGAUUUGAUCCAUCUUACAUCAUACUUCAAUAUGAAGAAAAAAGCUGCGUCAUCGCAUUUUGGUGGAAGUUUAUGAUGACCAUGCUCCAACUGAGCAACACGUGGUUUUCAUGGUUGAAAAGUGGUAAUUUUGACUUGGAAGACGAAGAAAGUUCCGGACCGCCAAAAAAGUUUGAAGAUGAAGAAUUGGAGGCUUUACUCUAUCAAGAUCCGUCACAAACGCAACAAGAACUUGAAGAUACACUUGGAGUAGCUCAGCAAACCAUAUCCGAUCGUUGAAAAGCAAUGGGAAUCAGCCGAAAGAUAGAACAUUUUGUGCCGUAUGAAUUGAAACCACGAGACGUCGAAUGCCGUUUUUUGUCACGUGCGAACAACUGCUCCAACGGCAUAAAAGAAAAGGUUUUUUUGCAUCGAAUCGUUACUGGCGAUGAAAAGUGGGUCCAUUACGACAAUCCUAAACGUCGGGUAACUUAUGGAUACAAGCUGGGUGUGGUGUACUAUGAGCUGCUAAAACCGAUUGAAUCCAUUACGAGGGACCUCAACCGAUGACAAUUGAUGCGUUUGAGCCGUGCACUGAAGGAAAACGAUCAAAAAACGACCAAAGACACGAUAAAGUUAUUUUGCGGCACGACAAUGCUCAUACUUGGAAACGCUGAAAUGGGAGGUCCCAUCCCACCCGCCGUAUUCUCCAAACAUUGCUCCGUUCGAUUACUACCUUUCUCGAUCGAUGCAACAUCGUCUGCUUGAACAGCACUUCUCCAAUUUUGACGAAGUCAAAAAUUGAAUCGAUUCGGGAUCCGUGAAUUGCCAGAAAGAUGGGAAGUUGUGACUAGCGAUAGGCAAUACUUCGAAUAUUAAAUUUGUAACCAUUUUGGCAGAAUAAAGCAUUAAUCUUUGAAAAAAAAGAAGCAAUUUACCGUUAAUCCUAUUACAAUUACAUCAUGAUAAGCGUUGUUAGUUCGUUGAUUUCAUGGCAUUUCGUUUAUUUGUUCACAAACCGUUGUUUAAGUGUUACUACCUGAGCAUUCGUAUAGAAAAUGGAAACAAAAGGAACAUCGUAUUUUGUUCAAACAUUGUUUUUGGUGGGAAAAACUUCUGAACAAUCAAUACAGUGGUUGACGAAGUUUUAUUCCACUUCCGCCCUUUCGAGAACAACAGUUUAUCGGUGGGUUAGUGAAUUUAAAAUGGGCCGUACAAGCACCGCAGAUGUACCUCGCUCUGGAAGGCAUGAAGAGGCUACGAACCCAGAAAUCGUAAAACAAGUGCAUCGACUCGUUUUGAACGAUCGUAAAGUGAAGUUACGCGAGUUAACUGAGGCCGUAUAGAUUUCAAGAGAACGAGUGAGAUACAUUUUACACGACAUUUUGGACAUGAAAGAGCAAACCGCGCCAUGGGUGCCGCGUUUGUUGACCGUUGAUCAAAAACUGCGGCGCGUUGAUGAUUCGUUUUUUCGACGUUUUGUGAAACGUGGAUCCAUUACCAC